AUGAGCAACGUCGCGUCCUCGCAAGACAGCCCCGGGCGAACCCCCAAGGCGGAAGCCAAGGCGGAAGCCGCUGCCGCAUCCUGCCUUCUCGCCCACGACGCCGCGGCCGACGCCCGGAUCCGCAGAAAACUCGACACGCACAUGAUGCCGGUCCUGUUCGCGCUGUACAUGCUCGCGUUCCUCGACCGCGGCAACAUUGGCAACGCGCAGGUCGCAGGUAUGGGCAAGGCGCUCCGCCUGAGCAGCAGCGAGUACGCCUGGCUCGCGACCGUCUUCUACAUCACGUACAUUGUGUUUGAGUGCGCGCUGUUGCUGUGGAAGGUGUUUCCUCCGCAUUACGUCGGUGCGGCCGUCGUGUUUGGCUGGGGCCUGAUGGGAGCUGCCCAGGCCGCGGCGCAGAAUUGGGGAGACAUGUUGGCCAUUCGCUUCUUGCUCGGUGCGUUCGAGGCAGCUUAUGCCCCGGGCAUCAUCUACCUCUUGUCCUUCUUCUAUCUUCGUCACGAGGUCGGAUUUCGGUGCGGACUCUUCGCCUCGGCGGCCCCCCUGGCGUCCACCUUUGCCGGCGCUCUCGCGUACGGCAUCACGCACACAAACUCCCGCAUCGCUAGCUGGCGGCUCCUCUUCCUCGUCGAGGGCCUCGCGACCGUCGUCAUGGCCCCCGUGGCGUACCUGUUUAUCCCAGACUCUCCGGACAAAGCGCGCUUUCUCACGCCCCAGGAGAAGCGCAUUGUCAAAGCACGCGCCAUGCGCCAGGUUGGCACGGAACCGAGCUUGCGCCUCGGAGGCUUGGAUGGCAAGGAACUCGUCCUUACUCUGCUGGAUUACAAAGCUUGGUUUGUGGCUUUAAUGUACUUUGCCGCAAAUGUCAGCUACGCCAGCCUGCCAGUGUACCUUCCCAUGAUCCUCCGCGCAAUGGGCUACAGCAGCGUCAACGCCCAGGGGCUCAGCGCGCCGCCCUACCUGGUAGCCUUCCUGUCCGCGCUGAUGACGACAUAUGUUGCUGAUGGAACCCAGCAGCGGGGGCUGAUGCUGGCUGCUACGUCUCUCGUCGGGGGAAUCGGAUACGUGCUGCUUGCUACUGUAGAGACGCUUGCUGUGCGAUACUUUGCCGUGUUUCUCGCCGCGGCGGGUGUGUUUUCCACGAUUCCCAACAUUCUCUCCUGGACGCUGAACAAUCAGGGCUCCGACACGCGGCGCGGCGCAAGCCUCGUGCUGAUCAACGUGGUCGGCCAAUGCGGCGCCGUCAUGUCGUCGCGAAUCUACCCCAACGAGGAGGGGCCCCGAUACGUAAAGGGGCAUUCCGUCUGCGCGGCCUUUAUGUUCUUUGCCGUCAUACUGGCUCUUGUGCUAAGAUGCUUGCUUGUCUGGGAUAACAACAGGUUGGCGCAGAAGCAGCAAGACGCUGGAGAGACCGAGGCCGAAAUGGUUGGCGUCGAAAACUACGGUCCUGGAUUCCGCUAUGUUCUCUGA